AUGUCAAAAGAAACAACAUCUCUCUCAUCAAAAUGGCAACAAAAUAAUACAUCAAAAGGUAAAUCAUACAGUCUUUGGCUACGUGAAGGCAAAAAGAAGAGUACAUUCAUAUGUGCUGUAUGCGACACCGAACUAGACUAUGGCCACGGAGGAUGGACGAAUGUAAAAAGCCAUGCAGAACAGUCGAAACAUUUACGAUUUCUUAAAGAUGCUCUGAAAUCCGGUCAACUCAAAUCUUCAAAUACAACAAAAUCAUCAUCUAUCAAUGAAAGCUUACAUCGAUCAAUUACUACGUUACCCACAACAAUAAACAAGUCAUCUUAUUCGUCAUUCAGCAAUAUGUCAGAUCGACAAUUGACACAAGCUGAAAAGGUAUUACGAGCUGAAUGCUAUUGGACUAUGGCCGUAUCACAACUGGGUUUCAGUUCUGCAGCAGCACCAAAUAUACCACAACUUUUUGCAGCGAUGUUUCCUGAUAGUAGAAUAGCGGCUGAUCUAGCUAAGACAGAUGGACAACGCUCUCCUGUCGUAGUCGAUGGUAUAGUGCAAUGUUUUGUGCAUGAACUUGUUAAAGAUGUACUUAAUGCUCCUGCUUAUUCGCUGAUAUUCGAUGAAAAUACUAUCGUAGGAGGACCCAAACAGCUAGAUGUGCAUAUUCGAUAUUGGAGUGAAUAUAAACAGAGUAUCACGACACGAUACUGGAGAAGUAUUGUAUAUGGAAAUACAACAUCGGAAAUCGUUGGUCGCUAUUUGAUCGAUUUAUUGAAAGUAGAUGGCCUUGAUUUGUGUAAACUUUUUCAAUUAGGUGAAAUUAUUACAAGCGAAGAUAAUAUGAAUUCGAAUACAGCUAUUGAAAUAAUGAUAGAUAAAAAGAUUCGAAUGGAACGAGAAGCUAAAACAGGAGAUGCAGUUGAGAAAGGUUUGGUUUCUAUCGGGUCGUGUCCACUUCAUGCCAUUCAAAAUGUAUUCAUGAAUGGCUUUACAGCAAGCAAGUGGCAGAUCGACGAAAUCGUGCAUGAUUUUUCCUUUUUCUUUGCUCAAUCAUCGGCUCGUUCUCAAGAUUAUUUGAAGGCCAUUGAGAAUAUAAACAGUGGUUCUCAUCAAUUUUCAAAACAAUAUGUUUUUUCACGUUGGAUUGAAGUAGGUUCCACCGUGGAACGAAUUCUCAGACAAUGGCGUGUUCUCAUCGAAUAUUUCAUUACCUAUUUGCCUAAAGUUAACAAAAUGAUUGUAACAAAUGAAAGAUGGAAACGAAUAAAGGAGUUACUCGAGCGAAAGCAAGUUCUUGCUCUUCUUUUUUUCUUUCAAUAUUUAUAUAGACAUUCCUUUUGGAAACGUCUAAUAUGGUUGCAGAAACAACUACCAAUUGUUCAUAUACUCUAUGAAGAAUGUACUGAUUUUUUGCGUCAUGUAUUACAGUGCUUCGUGAAAGAUGAUUUAUUGUUAAACAAAACGGGCAAGCAGUUACUCACGGUUCAAUUCAAUGUAGCAACCAAUCAAAAGGCAGAAGCCCAACUUGCAAUCGGCGAGUCUGCGCGUAACAUGCUCAAAGACUUGACAAUGAUUGAGAAGAAUAUAUAUAUGAAGGAUGUGCGUGCUAUUUAUUCUCUGAUUACACGCGAUCUCUUGCGUUUGUUACCCUUGGACAAUGAUUUUUUGCGUCAUCUGCAGUUUACGCAUCCUCUAUUGAGGCAACAGGAUUGUGCUCGUACUAGUCUGAUGAUUGUUGCGCGUGACCUGCCGCAAUUUAUAUCGGAAAAUGAAAUUGAUCGAUUGCAUGCUGAGUGGCUUGUUUAUGAAAAUGAAACAAUUCCAGAUGAAUGGUAUGAACAAAAACCUAUCAACAGUAAACUGUCUCAAGUCACCAAAUAUUAUCCCAUUGAUCAUUAUUGGAAACAUAUAUUUUCACUGAAAAAUAGUUCAGGUAAUGCCAAAUUUGUUGUAUUAGGAAAACUUGUCAAAAGUGUUCUUUCACUAUCACAUGGUAAUGGCGAUGUCGACAGUGAUUUUUACGAAAAUGAAAUGUUUGUCACUGAGAAUCCCUCGCCAUUGAAUAUCGCCACGAUCAAUGGACUUCGAGCCACUAAAGAUGCAGUCAGAUUUUAUGGUGGUGGAAAAGUACAUGAAGUGAGUUUGAUUAUUAAUAUAAAAAAGCAGAUAUCUUCCAAUAUCACUCGAUGUAAAUAG